GAUCACGUGAUACUAAUCCAGCUCUGUGAUUGGCUGAGGUGCAGGUGAAGCUACCUGGCUGUGGUUUGCUGUGGCGAGUGGUCGAUUUCCUAUUCGCUACAAGGGGAGACGCGACCAAUCACAGGAUAUCAGACCUAUUGAGGCAUGAUGGAACAGUUCCAGGGGAAUGUGGUGUCAACUGUCAAUCAAACCAUCACAACAGACCAGAUCGCUGCCAUCCAGAGUCAGCUGCAACAGAGAACUCAAGCUCAGGUGACAGUGCAGGCUGCCCAGCAGACAUCGGUCAGCGGGGCGCUGACGGUGACCAGUCCCAGCACACCCGUCAGUCUGACACAGGCAGGGCAGCCGCAGCAGCUGCAGCUACAGCUGGGAGGUCAGCAGGUGCCAGGACAGGUGGUACAGGUUUCAGGUGCGCAGGGCCAGCAGGCUGUGACAGCAGGACAGCAGAUCAUGGUACAGCUGCCUCAACAGGGUGGACAGCAACCCCAGACCAUCACCAUCCCCGUGUCGGGCACCAACCAGCUGCAGCAGAUCCAGGUGCUGCAGCCGCAACAGCUGCAGGUGCAGCAGUCGGGACAGCAGCAGCAACAGCAGGUGCAACAAGUCGGCCUUAUCCAGAAUGCCCAGGGGCAGAUCAUCAUCCAGCAGCCUGUACAGGGAGGACUGGUUGCUGGGCAACAGUUGGGCACCACGCCCGACGGCCAGGCCAUCUUCUACCAACCCGUGGCUGGGAAUGAUGGUACGAUCCAAGUGCAGCAGGGACAGGCACAGACACCACAGAGUGGUGUUGUACAGGUGCCCACAGCUGUGAACUUGAACCAGAGCCAGGUGCUGUCCUCCCCGACAGUGGCUGCAGCUGCCACCACCACGCAGCUGCCCCAGCCCAUGACUAUCCAGACGGUACCUGCUGUAGCUGGGACCACACUCAACACCUCGGGAGGGCAGGUGGUCAUGAUGGUGCCGGGUGCAGGCGGUGUGCCCACCAUGCAGAGAAUACCCCUGCCUGGUGCAGAGCUGCUGGAGGAAGAGCCGCUGUACGUCAAUGCCAAACAGUACCACCGCAUCCUGAAGAGGAGGCAGGCACGCGCCAAACUGGAGGCAGAGGGCAAGAUCCCUAAGGAGAGAAGGAAAUAUCUUCACGAGUCCAGGCAUCGGCAUGCCAUGAACAGGCAGCGCGGGGAGGGGGGCCGCUUCCACUCGAUAGAAGGCUUUGAAGACGAGCCUCAUCAUGGGGGCCUCUUUUCACAGACGUCGCUGAACGGCAGCCUGACCACGACCUCCAGCAGUUCCUUCAGCACGAUACCGGAGAUGCUCCACACGACCACGUCCACCGCGGCCGCCAUGAUGCAGACUCCCAUACUCCUGGAGGGGGGGCAGACAGCCAACAUGGUGGGCCUGCCUGCUGGAGUCCUGGACACCGCUCAGCCUCAGUGAUGGGAACAGAGUCUAGUUUGAUCAAGUUUUUUAUCAAAAGAAUAUAGACCCAGUCGUUUAGAUAACUUGCUCUCUACUUUAGACAGGUGAGACCAGUGAUAAGUGAAAGGUUCCUUGGAGUGUGUAGGGUAUCACACAAAGAACUUUGACCCAUUGCUGGAGGUAUGCACCCACAAGGUCACUUGUCAAAAGAUGUGAAUCACAGAAGGGAUGGCCAAAAAUUUGUAAUUAAAAAUUUAAGCUGAUCAUACUGAAAUACACAAGCACAUUUUACUUUCAUGCUAGAAGUUAUGUUUGGUGUUGCUGAUUUUAAUUGUUAUUUUCUUGUCAUUUUGAAGUUGCUACUACUAAGUUACUUAAGGACUUUUGUGCACCAGAUUUUGCCUUAAAAUAUUGAACUCUGUAUAAGAAUACUUUUCUCUUUUAAAUGCU